AUUGAUAUAGAGAGAGAAAGUAAGAAAGAGAAAACCUGCAACAAUGGAGAUAUUUGAAGUUUAUGAUGGCGAUUUACAAUUAUUUCUUCAACCCAGUUUCUUUUACAUGUUCUUCUCUGUAUCUCAAUUGAUACUAUUACCCACAAUCUUCGUGUCUUGGAUUCGUGAUCAUCGAAAACAGAGGAGAGAGAUCAAGAUCAAUUCAUUCUUCAUGGCCGCCAUUUUCGCCUCUUUGUCACUCUCACUCUUCAAUCUUCUCUCACUUCUGUAUAUCUUCUUCUUCUGGUCAUCAAAUGACCAAAAGACUGCUCUUUUGAACUCUGUUCUACAAACACUUUCAUGGCUUGCAAUCUCAGCUUACUUAUAUAAAACAACAGAAUCCAAAUUCCCUAUAGUUUUGAGAAUUUGGUGGGUUUGUUAUUUCUUCAUGUCUGUUUAUGCUUUGAUUGUUGGGUUUUUCUUUCAUUCGGUAUCAUUUUGGAUUAUGACCAUUGUUUCUGUCAUCAUGGGUGUCUUCUUCUGUUAUAUUGGACUGUAUAAACAGAAUGGUUCAACUUCAAUUCUAGAACAAGAACAACCUCUUCUUGCCGAUCAAUCGAGGAAAGUGAAAGUGACACCUUAUUCAAAUGCUAAUUUCUUCAGCACUCUGACUUUCUCUUGGCUUAAUCCAAUAAUUGAAUUGGGUAACAAGAAAAUCAUUGAUCUUGAUGAUGUUCCUCAUCUCGAUUACAAAAAUUCUGCAAACACUCUUUAUUCUGUUUUCAAAGGAAAUCUCCAAUCUUUAACAUCAUGGGGAUUGACUAAGGCUAUGGUUAUUUCCGUUUGGAGAGAACUUCUGUUCACGGCGGUUCUAGGUUUUCUCAAAACCUCGACUUCAUAUGUUGGUCCUUACUUGAUUUCCGGUUUUGUUGAGUAUUUGAAUGGAAUUCACAGAUCAAAAAAAGAUGGGUAUAUUUUGGUGAUGAUAUUUUCAUCUGCCAAAUUGGUUGAAUGUUUAUCAGACAGACAUUGGUCUUUCAAGAUGUCACAAUUGGCAAUAAGAAUUCGCGCUUGUUUGAUUGCUGCACUUUAUAAGAAAGGAUUGUCUCUUUCUAGUCAAUCAAGAACAGGGCAAUCGAUUGGAGAGACUAUUAACAUUAUGAGCGUUGAUGCACAAAGGAUUGGCGAUUUCAGUUUAUACGUUAACGAUGUUUGGUUGCUUCCAUUGCAAUUCGCGUUUUCGUUCUUGAUUUUGUAUAGGAAUCUCGGGUUUGCUUGUUUUGCAGCUUUCUUAGCUUCCUUGAUUAUGAUGAUGGUUAAUGUUCCUUUUGGUAUAUUGGUGAAUAAUUAUCAGAAGAAGGUUAUGGAAUUUAAGGAUAAGAGAAUGAAAUCUACUUCUGAGAUUUUAAGGAAUAUGAGGAUUCUUAAAUUACAAGGAUGGGAAAUGAAGUUCUUGUCUAAGAUUAUUGGAUUGAGAGAAGAUGAAUUGGGUUUUUUCAGAAAACUGUUGUAUUCAUCAACGAUCACUUCCACUCUUUUCACUUCAGCUCCUGCAGUGGUGUCAAUGGUGACAUUUGGUUACUGUAUUUUAACAGGAAUCCCUCUCGACACAGGUAAAGUUCUCUCAACGCUAGCCACGAUUUCAAUUCUUCAAGGUCCAAUCAACAAGCUUCCUGAUGCGAUUUCAAUGUCAAUUCAAGCUAAGGUUUCUCUAGAUCGAAUCGCAGCCUUCCUCUGCCUCAACGAGUUGAAAUCGGAUGUAAUUGAGGUCAAUUGUAACGAUGAUGAUGAGUAUGCUCUGGAGAUAACCAACGGGAAUUUCUCUUGGGAUUUGACAUCAUCUUCUUCAUUUACAUUACAUGAACUUAAUGUUCGAAUUCAUCGAGGUUUGAAAGUGGGUAUUUGCGGGGUUGUUGGCUCAGGGAAGUCGAGUUUUCUAUCGUGUAUAUUGGGAGAGAUUCCUUUGGUUUCUGGGUUAAUUCGAUUGAAUGGAGAGAAAUCUUAUGUGGGUCAAUCUCCAUGGAUACAGAGUGGUACAAUUAAAGAGAAUAUACUGUUUGGUGAAGAGAUGGAUGAAGAAAAGUAUGAUAGAGUUGUUGAAGCUUGUUGUUUGAAGAAGGAUUUGGAUCUUCUUCCUUUUCAUGAUCAGACUGUUAUUGGUGAAAGAGGGAUUAAUCUAAGUGGGGGUCAGAAACAAAGAGUUCAGAUUGCUAGAGCUUUGUAUAGAGAUGCAGAUGUUUAUCUUCUUGAUGAUCCAUUUAGUGCAGUUGAUGCUCAUACUGGAACAUAUUUAUUCAAGGAAUGUUUGAUGGGUAUUUUGAGAUUGAAGACUGUUAUAUAUGUAACCCAUCAAAUUGAGUUCUUGCAGACUGCUGAUCUAAUCUUGGUAAUGAAAGAUGGAAAGAUCGAACAAGCUGGGAAGUAUGGCGAGAUUCUGAAUCCAGGAACUCCAUUCAUGGAGCUUGUUGAAGCUCAUAACAAAUCUAUGUUGAUAAUUGACUCAGUUACUAUCAAUGGAGAAGACAAUCAUUCUCUUGAGAACAAUGAGAAAGAGAAAAGGACCAGUGAAAUUACACCACAAGGGCAGCUUGUUCAGGAAGAAGAAAGGGAAAAAGGGAGAGUCGAAUUAUCGGUUUACUGGAAAUAUGUUACAGCAGCCUAUGGUGGAGCUCUGGCGGUUAUCGUGAUAAUGGUUGAUGUUUUAUUGCAGGUUUUUUCAAUUGGAAGUGAUUAUUGGAUGGCGUGGGCUACUCCGAAGUCAAUUGAUGCGGAUAAGCCUGUUUCUAGUUAUGAUCUUGUGACAGUUUAUGCAUGGUUGUCUGGUGGAUUAGCUUUGUGUAAUGUUAUGCAUUGCGGGUUUUUAAUAACUUUGGGAUAUAGAACGGCUAAACUUUUGUUUGAUCGAAUGCAUAAGUGUGUGUUUCGUGCGCCAAUGUCGUUUUUUGAUUCCACGCCGAGUGGGAGAAUUCUUAAUCGGGCUUCAUCAGAUCAAAAUGCUUUGGAUUACUCUAUACCAUAUGUUAUUGGAGGAUGUUUUAUUGCAAUUAUUCAAUUGGUUGGAUGUAUUGCAGUUAUGUCUCAAAUUUCAUGGCAGGUGUUUAUUGUGCUUAUUCCUGUCACUGCAGCUUGCAUCUGGUAUCAGCAAUACUACAUUUCAUCUGCAAGAGAAUUAUCAAGAUUGAGGGGUGUAUGCAAAGCUCCAUUAAUCCAACAUUUUGGUGAAUCUCUAUCGGGAUUAACAACAAUUCGAAGUUUCGGAAAGGAAAAGAUAUUCAACGAAAAGAAUUUUGAGUUAAUUGACAACUCGUCUAGACCAGCAUUCCACAAUUCGAGUGCCACACAAUGGUUGUGUCUUCGACUCGACAUGCUAUGCACGAUAACGUUUGCAUUUGCAUUGGUUUUCUUAUUAUUCGUCCCCGAUGAACUAGUCAAUUCGGCUAUGGCUGGUUUGGCAGUUACAUAUGGUCUUAGCCUAAAUCAAUCACUAGAAUGGCUCAUAUGGAGUUUAUGUUCACUUGAGAACAACUUCAUAUCUGUUGAGAGAAUUAUGCAAUAUUCAUCUAUUCCUAGUGAAGCUCCAUUGAUUUGCCAACAAAAUCGCCCUGCAGCCAACUGGCCUUUGCUCGGGGAAGUUAAAAUUCACGAUUUACAGGUGCGUUAUGCGCCACAACUGCCUCUAGUUUUACGUGGAAUUUCAUGCACUUUCGAUGGAGGGAAGAAAACCGGUAUUGUGGGAAGAACCGGAGGUGGAAAAUCUACUCUUAUUCAAUCGUUGUUUAGAAUGGUGGAGCCUGCGAAAGGAGAGAUCAGGAUAGAUGGUGUGGAUAUCUCCUUGAUCGGGCUCCACGAUCUAAGGUCAAGAUUGAGUGUCAUCCCUCAAGAUCCCACCAUGUUUAGUGGAAGCAUUCGUAGUAAUCUUGAUCCACUCGAAGAAUUCACCGAUGAGAAGAUAUGGGAGGCUUUGGAUAAGUGCCAAUUGGGUGAUGAUGUUAGGAAGAAAGAAGAAAAGCUUGAUUCAUUAGUUACCGAGAAUGGUGAAAAUUGGAGUGUGGGUCAAAGACAACUUGUAUGCCUUGGACGAGUACUUCUUAAGAGAAGCAAAAUAUUGGUUCUUGACGAAGCCACGGCUUCUGUUGAUGCUGCAACCGAUAACCUAAUUCAGACAACGAUUCGUGAACAUUUCUCGGAUUCAACUGUCAUAACUAUAGCCCAUCGUAUAACAUCCAUACUCGAUAGUGAUAUGGUUGUUGUACUAGAUCAAGGGUUGGCUAUUGAAUAUGAUUCGCCUACUCGUUUGCUUGAGAACAAGUCUUCAUCUUUCGCUAAGUUGGCAAACGAAUAUGCUUCAAGAUCCGGGUCGUAACUAGUUUGGUGUCAUUUUUGAUAAGUGAGAUGGCAGCUUAUUUGAAUCUAUUUAACUAUUUGAACUUCAUGUAUUCAACUUUUCUUCCUUUUAAAAUAUUACAUCUUACAAACAAAGCCAAAACAUUGUUGGUCGAGGUCAAUGUGGAGCGCGAUUCCCUUCGUGGUGU